CUUUCCAAACACACUACCAAGGAUCAUAAUUAUGUAUAAAUUCCUAUUUGAUACAAUGACAUGAUUCAUAUUGUAUCAACAUGGUACCAUAAUUUAUCCUUCUCUCUCUCCCAAGUCUAUUUCAUCUUGGUUAAUUAUCAACAGCAUCAACUUAUUUUUCUGAAUAUUAAAUCUACUCAUGGCUGAGAAGGUUACUGAGAUGGUGCUAAAGGUUGAUCUUGAUCUCCAAUGUCAUUCCUGCUACAAGAAAAUCAAAAAAAUUCUUUGCAAAAUUCCUCAAAUUAGAGGGCAGAUAUAUGAUGACAAGCAAAAUACAGUGACAAUCGAUGUAGUAUGCUGUAGCCCAGAAAAAAUUCGCGACAAAUUGUGCUGCAAAGGUGGAAAGGUUAUCAAGAGUAUUGAAAUAAAAGAGCCCAAAAAGAAAUCAGAAGAGAAGUCCAACAAAAUUCAAGAGGACAAACAACGUGACCAACCGCCUCCACCACCCGGGAAUGGGCAUCUACCAGCACGGACUUCUUGUGGACCAUGUUCAGAAGGUCAUGGUGGGGGUCAAUGCUACCGUGGGUACCCAUCUUUGCCGCCGUGUUACGACGGUUGUUAUGGUUAUGGGUACUGGUGUAGGUGUGGAUGUGGGUGUGGGAGUUGGAGGGGCUGCCAGUGCCACCUGAGAAAGUGUAUUUGUGUUUGUUACAUAGAAGAAACCCCCUCUGCUGAAUGCAAGAUCAUGUAACAAGUAAUUUGGGAUAGUUUUCCACUUUUUACCAUGAUUGGGUUGUCAGCAAAUUUUCAGUCAAUUUGAGGCAUUGGUCUAAAACCUAGAUGGUGACCGAUGUUGGUGUCUUGGUACUAUGUUUAUCAUGUGGGGUACCCAACUUUAAGAUGAGUUGUAUGAAUAUCACUUAUCUUCAAGUUAGUACAAUAAUGUCAUGUAACCCCCCCAUCAAAUUUAACGUCUAGUCAACUUAUUAUGUUAGUUGUGCAAGUAAAUCAAAACGAUUUAAUUGUACCAAAUUGACAAUGAAUAACAUGAAUGCAGCUUUGCUUAAAGUUGGGUGAA